UUCUUUUGACAGAUCCCAACUGACCAAUGGAAGAAAAGAAUCAGACUGCAGUGACUGAGUUUCUCUUCCUUGGUAUCACAGAUAACCUCCAUCAGAAGAUUGUCCUCUUCAUCAUCUUUUUCUUUGUUUAUUUUGUCACCCUGGGGGGUAACCUGGGCAUGAUCACUCUCAUAUGGGUGGACCCCAGGCUGCACACACCUAUGUACUUUUUUCUCAGCCACCUGUCCUUUGUAGAUGUGUGCUCCUCUUCUUCCAUAGCUCCCAAGAUGCUGUGUGACAUCUUUGCAAAGAACAAAGUCAUCUCUUUUAUGGGCUGUGCUGCACAGAUGUGGUUCUUUGGUCUCUUUGUGGCAACUGAGUGUUUCCUCCUUGCUUCCAUGGCAUAUGAUCGGUAUACAGCCAUCUGUAAGCCCUUGGUGUAUACACUCAUUAUGUCCCAGAAUGUCUGUGUGCUUUUGGUUAUUGGGCCUUAUGUCAUUGCUAUUAUAAGUACAAUGACUCACACAACUUUAACCUUUUGCUUACCAUUUUGUGGUCCACAUAUCAUCAACCACUUUUUCUGUGAUAUUUCCCCAUUGCUGUCUCUAGCAUGUACUGAUACCCAGAUUAAUAAGUUGGUGCUUUUUAUCUUGGCUGGAGGAGUAGGUGUGCUCAGUGGUCUGAUCAUCCUGGUCUCAUAUGUCUGCAUCUUGAUGGCCAUCUUGAAGAUUCAGACAGCCAAUGGGAGACGAAAAGCCUUCUCCACUUGUUCUUCUCACUUAGCAACGGUCUCUAUCCUGUAUGGGACUCUUUUCUUUACCUAUGUUCGACCUAACGCCAGUUCCUCCCUGAAUAUCAAUAAAGUGAUCUCCCUAUUUUAUACUGUGGUGAUCCCCAUGUUGAAUCCCCUCAUCUACAGCUUGAGGAACAAAGAGGUGAAAAAUGCAUUCAGUAGAACAUUGGAGAGGAAGCACUUCCUAAGAGGUGCUUAAAAUAAAAUUCUCUCUGUGACAUACCUAAGUUGGGGAGCAAAAUAUACAUUAAAGACCGCCGGAGUGAGAAUCAGAGUUUGCAAGAGA